AUGGUGCUAAGAAUGACGAUAUUCAUUGACGAUGCCGACUACGAUGCCGGCGAAACGUUUGGUAAUGUACCACGUCCACGAUCCGACUCUGGAUAUGAUCAUGCAUGCAAUGGACUCCGGACU